AUGGAACAACUCCUUAUGAAUUAUCCCCUUCAGAAUACUUACUCAGAAAGUAUAGAACUGACUUUCCAGCUCCACCAAAAUCCAACACUGAAAAUAAACCUAAAGAGUCUACCUCCAAUGACUCGAAUUCAAAUGCGAGGCCUCACUCAACUGUCUGAAAACCCAACGCCAACAACGUUAAACAUUUUAGCUACCAAAGCAACAGUACCAAUAACUAAAAACUCAUCUAAGAGUCUUAAGCUGUCAAAUACAACAACCAAUAUUAACAGACGAACGCCUCCAGUAAGCAGGUCUCACGCACCAAAGCGAACUGAGCCUCAAUUAAAUCAACAUACGAGUUCACAACCAUCGGAUAUUAAUCCAGAAGAAACAAUCGAUAUCCAAAUGGAUGACCCAACUGAUAACACCCCCACAUCAAAUACUCAUGAUAAUGAUUCUAUCAAUCAAUCGUUACAAUCUUACGAACCUCCACAAGAGGAACAACUGGUACAAAAUACAUCAACGUCUCCAACACGUGACCAACCUGAUUACGGCAUCUUUAAUCCUCCUCCAGCUUCAGAAUUAAAUAACGAGUUAACUCCAGAGGACAUGCCAGCAACUAACAAAGCAGUGAAUCAAUCUAACUACCAAGUAGAUAAGCCCUUGCGAAGUAUUCGAAUUUCACAAUUUGAUAAAAGCAAAAUCGAACAAAACAACAUCAUGCAAUCACUUAUUGAUAAUGAUCUUACAGCAGAAAUGCCAUUAGCUACUUUGCUAGGUUUAGUUCCCCAAUUCAGGACUUAUCUAUCACGAUCACUCCAAGCACAUUUAGUGCCCAGACAAGGGCCUCAGAAUGCAAAAUUAAUCAAUGAAGCAACAGUCACUCCCAUCGAUAUAGAAAUACCCAUCGAUAAUAACUUAAUUGUUAACCAUGAGACAAUUCCAACAAGUACAAAUUCUACAUCUGCAGAUCAUCAGGAAUUAACAAAACAAACAAUCAAGGACAACGUGGUAAUACAACUUAUGGAUCCAAACAAUAACGGCCCAAAUACGUAUAACAUCGCCGAAUUAGCCACAUCAUUUUCAAUAACCGACAGUGAUAUCUCAUGUGCAUCUGUCUACAUCCCAGCCAUAAUCAAUAAUAGUGCUAUUUCCCUUAAAUAUGACACCGCCGCGGAGUGUCUGAUCAUUUCACCAAUCACAGUGGAUAAACUCAAACUACCUACCAAAUCUAUCAAGGCAAAUCUUCAAGGAUUUGGUUCUCCACUAAUGAAAUGUAAUAGCAUGGCUAUCAUCACAGCUAAUAUUUUUGGCAAAGACAUUAACUUUAAAACACUAAUUCAUCUGUCCAUACAACCAAAUGUAAUAAUCCUUGGACGACCAGUACAAGCCCAAUAUUUCAUGACUUUAGGGUAUAAUCCAGCAACACUUGACUUGGAACUUAGUUUCCAAUACGACAAUCAAUUUUUUACAGAAAUAAUUGAAAAAUCGACCACAUCAAAAAUCACAAUCCAUAAUAUGACUGUUGAUUCAACAAAACUCACAGAGGAACAAUCACAACAAUUAAUUACUGCAAUGGCUACUUCUAUCUUAUCUCCACAAGAUCAGAAGUAUUUUAUGGACAAAGUACAGCAUAUUCCAGAUGUAUUUUAUAUUAAAGGUACAACUCCUGGACGCAUUAAAUCACAUAUAUCUGAACCUAUCGAUUUCCCGAUCAAAAACCAUGAUAUUUGGCAAUGCAAAUCCAUCCCAUUUGGCAACAAAAGGUUGGCUGCUAUCAAAAUAUUAAAGCAAAUGCUCGAAGAUAACCAACUUGAUCAUAGUAAUUGCCCAUAUCGGAACCCAAUCUUUUUAAUACCAAAAAAGAAUAAAAAAGAUUAUCGGUUAUUAAUUGAUUUACGAGAGUUAAAUAAACAUAUAGUACCAGCAGCAGCUCACCCACCAGCCACAGAUGAACUCAUAAAUGAAAUCGCUCAGUCAGCAUUCAAUCUGUACUUGGACAUAAGUAAUGCCUUCUUUCAAGUUGGUAUUUCAAAGGAAGCUGCUAAAUACACGGCAUUCCAAACGCCGUUAGGAUUACUCGAAUAUCGAGUUCUCCCUCAGGGAUUUUCAAACCUGGUUGCUAUAUUUAGCAAUUUGCUAACUAAAAUCCUUAAACCCGUAGCGGAAAAGGUACUCAUCUUUGUGGAUGAUGUCGCCAUAUUAGGUCCACAAAUCGAUAUCUAUGCAUCAGCUUCAGAAACUUAUCAAUCAGCCUUGGUAAAAGAAAAUAUUGACAAUGUAUUAGAAGUUUUGCAGUUACUCAAAGAUGCUGGUUUAAAGAUUAAUGCAAAUAAACUUACUUUAGCUGUUACUCAAGCCACAUUUCUUGGUUAUGAAAUUAAACCUGGUUCUAGGACAUUGAUCCACGAUAAAAUUAAAACCAUCCAAGACAUGCCAUUACCAACAACAGUCAAAGCUCUUCAACGAGCAAUAGGAUUAUUUAACUAUUAUUCCAAUCUUAUUCCUGCUUUUAGUGUAAUAGCCACGGAGCUUUAUGAAUUACUCAAAACUCAACCUAAACCUCCACUUACACAACAUCAACCAAACCAGCUGCAAAAAAUGUCCACAACCCCCAAAUCAUCAAUUUCUUGA